AUGGGCGGAUCACCACCUUGCGGUGACUCGGUUCGAGCCGUCAAAGAUUACAAACAUCAAGCAACCAACUCUCAGAAGUGGCCUUCUCCAGUCGAAAAUGAUCACCAGAUCACUUUUUCGGCACUAGACACCAAGGGCGUCCACAUGCCACAUAACGAUCCUCUCCUCGUCGACCUUGACAUCGGCGAAUAUCUGGUCGCGAAAGUCCUUAUUGAUACCGGCAGCUCAGUCGAUCUCAUCUUUCGCGGCACACUCGACAAAAUGGGAGUUGAUUUAAGGGAUAUGAAGCCUUCCUCUCGCACGCUCACCGGCUUCAACGGAGCCUCGGAGCAAAUGAUCGGGACAAUUCGCCUUCCAGUUUACGCAGGUGGUAUAACCCGCACCGUCAAGUUCUCCGUCAUCCGCGCCAAAGCACCCUAUAAUGCCAUACUCGGAACACCGUGGCUGCAUUCCAUGAAAGCCGUCCCUUCGACUUAUCAUCAAUGCAUCAAAUUUCCCGGAAAAGACGGCAAAACUCAGGAGAUCAACAAGCCGCGAGAGAACUACUGA